AUGGACAAUGGAAUGUUCUCUAGCUUUAUCAUGAUCAAAAACCUCCUUCUCUUUUGUAUUUCCAUGAACUUAGCCAGUCACUUUGGCUUUUCACAAAUGCCAACCAGCUCUGUAAAAGCGGAGACUGAUGACAACAUCACGAUAUUCACCAGGAUCCUGGAUGGGCUGUUGGAUGGUUACGACAACAGACUGAGGCCCGGGCUCGGAGAGCGUAUCACUCAGGUGAGAACGGACAUCUACGUCACCAGCUUCGGCCCCGUGUCCGACACCGAAAUGGAAUACACCAUCGACGUGUUUUUCCGACAAAGCUGGAAAGACGAGAGGCUUCGGUUUAAAGGGCCCAUGCAGCGCCUUCCUCUCAACAAUCUCCUCGCCAGCAAAAUCUGGACUCCAGACACGUUCUUCCACAACGGGAAGAAGUCCAUCGCCCACAACAUGACCACACCCAACAAGCUGCUGCGCCUGGAGGACGAUGGCACUCUGCUCUACACCAUGCGCUUGACCAUCUCUGCAGAGUGCCCAAUGCAACUCGAAGACUUCCCAAUGGAUGCCCAUGCCUGCCCUCUGAAAUUUGGCAGCUAUGCAUACCCUAAUUCCGAAGUCGUCUAUGUCUGGACCAACGGCACCGCCAAGUCAGUGGUGGUGGCAGAAGACGGCUCCAGGCUGAACCAGUACCACCUCAUGGGGCAGACCGUGGGCACGGAGAACAUCAGCACCAGCACAGGGGAAUACACAGUCAUGACAGCCCAUUUCCACCUGAAGAGGAGGAUCGGGUACUUUGUCAUCCAGACCUACCUCCCCUGCAUAAUGACCGUGAUCCUGUCCCAGGUGUCCUUUUGGCUGAACCGAGAGUCAGUUCCCGCCAGGACAGUGUUCGGGGUGACCACAGUGCUGACCAUGACGACCCUCAGCAUCAGUGCCCGGAACUCUCUGCCCAAAGUGGCUUACGCAACAGCCAUGGACUGGUUCAUAGCCGUGUGUUAUGCCUUUGUGUUCUCUGCGCUGAUCGAGUUUGCCACUGUCAACUAUUUCACAAAGAGAGGCUGGGCCUGGGAUGGAAAAAAAGCCUUGGAAGCAGCCAAGAUUAAGAAAAAGGAGCGUGAACUUACAAUAAAUAAGUCAACAAAUGCUUACACUACUGGGAAGAUGACCCACCCCCCAAACAUCCCGAAGGAGCAGACCCCUGCAGGGACCACAAAUGCCUCUUCAGCCUCAGUUAAACCUGAAGACAAGACUUCUGAAAACAAAAAGACUUACAACAGCAUCAGCAAGAUUGACAAAAUGUCCCGAAUUAUAUUCCCAGUUCUGUUUGGCACUUUCAACCUUGUCUACUGGGCAACAUAUUUGAAUAGGGAGCCAGUGAUUAAAGGGGCUACCUCUCCAAAGUGA